UGAAAAGAAGGGGACUUCCGGAAGUUUCAAGCGGACUGUGGGACAACUGAGAAUUUUGCACGUGGAUCGUCGUUCGGGUGGGCGAGAUGGAGACAGCCCCCAGGCCGGGCAGGAAUGUUCCACCCAAGAAGGACAAACUUCCGGCCAAGAGGAAGAAACCUCGGCGAUACUGGGAGGAAGAAACUGCUCCGACUUCUGCCGGGGCCUCUCCGGGUCCCCCUCGUAAGAAGAAGAGGAAUGGGGAGAUCCGCCUCCAGAAGUCAAAAAACACUCGCAUCUCUAAGAAGUCUCGGAUCUCCAAGAAGCCUCAGGUUCCAAAGAAGCCCCGAGAACGAAAGAAGCCGGAGCCCCAGCGGAGCUUGUCCGGGGCCCAGGACCCAUUUCCAGGUCCCGCCCCGGUCCCUGUGGAGGUAGCCCGGAAGUUCUGUCGUAUUGACAAAUCCAAAAAGCUACCACGUUCUAAGUCCAAAACGCGAAGCAAACUUGAGGUGGCUGAAGCAGAGGAAGAAGAGACAAGUGUCAAAGCCGCUCGUUCUGAGCUGCUGCUUGCUGAGGAACCUGGGUUUCUGGAAGGGGAGGAUGGGGAAGACACAGCAAAGAUACGCCAGGCUGACAUCGUGGAGGCUGUGGACAUAGCAAGUGCAGCCAAGCACUUCGACUUGAAUCUGCGGCAGUUUGGACCCUAUAGACUGAACUAUUCUCGAACUGGGAGACACCUGGCUUUGGGCGGGCGUCGGGGUCAUGUGGCUGCUCUUGAUUGGGUGACAAAGAAACUCAUGUGUGAGAUCAAUGUCAUGGAGGCAGUGCAGGACAUCCGGUUUCUUCAUUCUGAGGCAUUGCUUGCUGUUGCUCAGAACCGCUGGCUUCACAUCUAUGACAACCAGGGUAUUGAGCUCCACUGCAUCCGUCGUUGUGACCGAGUAACCCGGCUUGAGUUCCUGCCCUAUCACUUCCUCUUGGCCACAGCUUCAGAGACAGGGUUUCUGACUUACCUGGAUGUGUCAGUGGGGAAGAUUGUGGCAGCUCUGAAUGCUCGGGCUGGACGACUCAGUGUCAUGGCUCAGAACCCUUACAAUGCUGUCAUCCAUCUUGGACAUAGCAAUGGUACUGUGUCUUUAUGGAGUCCAGCUGUAAAGGAGCCACUGGCCAAGAUUCUCUGUCAUCGUGGUGGGGUCCGGGCUAUAGCUGUGGAUUCUACAGGCACGUAUAUGGCUACUUCUGGCCUGGAUCAUCAGCUGAAGAUCUUUGACUUGCGAGGGACAUUCCAGCCUCUGAGUGCUCGAACUCUGCCCCAGGGAGCAGGGCACCUUGCCUUUUCCCAGCGGGGACUGUUGGCUGCAGGAAUGGGUGAUGUCAUUAACAUAUGGGCAGGGCAGGGCAAGGCCAGCCCACCCUCCCUGGAGCAGGCGUACCUCACCCACCGGCUCUCUGGCCAUGUGCACGGUCUUCAGUUUUGCCCCUUUGAAGAUGUGCUGGGGGUGGGGCACAGUGGAGGCAUCACCAGCAUGCUGGUGCCUGGGGCUGCUGAACCCAACUUUGACGCCCUGGAGAGCAACCCAUACAGGAGCCGGAAGCAGCGCCAGGAGUGGGAAGUGAAGGCCCUGCUAGAGAAGGUACCUGCAGAGCUCAUUUGUCUGGAUCCCCGAGCCCUGGCAGAGGUUGAUGUCAUCUCUUUGGAACAGGAAAAGAAGGAACGGAUAGAGAGGCUGGGCUAUGACCCUGAGGCCAAGGUUCCCUUCCAGCCAAAGCCAAAGCAGAAAGGCCGCAGCUCUACAGCAAGCCUGGUAAAGAGGAAGAGGAAGGUCAUGGACAAGGAGCACAGGGACAAAGUCCGGCAGAGCAUUGAACAACAGCAGCAGCAGCAGCGGAAGCAGAAGCAAGAGAAGGCCAAGCCCAAGGGAAGCCGGCCAUCUGCCCUGGACAGAUUUGUGCGUUGAACCAGGCUUCAGGGUGGUGUGGGAACAGCAAUCUUUCCCAAAGAUCACCUGUAGGGAAAUGACUGUUCCCUGGAAUAAGGUGACAAUGUGUCCUCUUUUCCAACUGUUGUUGGACACCUGGCUCCUUGGGUGGUCAAGUAUUAAAGAAAGGGGCAAGUUUUUCA